AUGGCGAUGGGACAUCGAGCUUCGUCUGGAGGCCUCUUCAUCGUUGUGUGGUUCAUGCCCGAGAGCCCAAGAUGGCUCGUCAAGGUCGGCAGAGACGAGGAAGCACGCUUCAUUCUGGGCCGGCUGCGCGGCGAAGAGGACGGUAUUGCCGAUGCCGAAUUCCAAGAUAUUCAGAACGUUGUCAGACUGGAGCAUGACAAUUCGCAGUCGACCAGCUAUUUCGCCAUGUUCUUCGGCAUCAAGCAGGGCAAACUGCACACCGCCCGACGGGUGCAGCUGGUGAUCUGGUUACAGAUCCUACAAGAGUGGAUUGGCAUUGCGGGCAUCACGAUUUAUGGUCCUGAAAUAUUCACAAUUGCUGGCAUCGCAGCCGCCGACCGUCAGUGGGUCAGUGGGCUCAACAACAUCACAUACAUGCUUGCCACCCUGAUCUGUGUGUUCACCUUAGACCGCAUCGGCCGACGCUGGACACUAUACUGGGGUGCGGUAGGACAGGGUAUCUGCUGCUUUUGUGCUGGUGGUUUGUCGUAUGCGACACAGAUCGCCACUGGAUCGCAUAAGACGCACGUUGGCGGAGCAGCCGUGUUCUUUGUAUAUCUCUACACUGCCAUCUUCGGCGCGACGUGGCUUACUGUGCCGUGGCUCUACCCUGCAGAGAUCUUCCCAUUGCAGGUUCGCGCCAAGGGUAACGCAUGGGGUGUCGUGGGAUGGAGCAUUGGUAAUGGCUGGUGUGUGCUCUUGCUGCCGACCAUCUUCGCCGCGCUCAAUGAGAAGACGUUGUACAUCUUCGGUGGGGUCAACGUCCUCUCAAUACUUGUCGUAUGGGCCUUGUACCCAGAGACCAACCAGCGCACGCUUGAGGAGAUGAACUUGGUCUUUGCAUCGGACAGCAUCUGGAACUGGGAAGCCGAGAAGAACUUUGCUCGUCUGGCGGAGCAGAACCCGAAUUUGGUGCAGGCGGCGAGGGCUGGAAGCUUGACGAUCGAUCCAGAGACUGGACUCCCGGCUGUCGGACACAAGCAGAGUGGCGAGCGGCGCAUGAGCUUGAUCGCGGAGAAGCAGGUCUAA